AUUUGUGGUGUUCAUCUCACUUGAUGUUCAAGAUCCUUCAGUAUUUGUAACUUUCCCUUUGGAAGAAGAUGAAACUAUAUCUUUAGUUGCUUGGAUAACCACUCCCUGGACUCUACCUAGUAACCUUGCUGUCUGUGUUAAUCCAGAAAUGCAAUAUGUGAAAAUUAAAGAUGUUGCCAGAGGAAGAUUACUCAUUUUAAUGGAAGCCAGAUUGUCAGCCCUCUAUAAAUUGGAGAGUGAUUAUGAGAUCCUUGAAAGAUUUCCUGGUGCCUGUCUUAAAGGCAAGAAGUACAGGCCCCUGUUUGACUAUUUCGUGAAGUGUAAAGAGAAUGGUGCUUUCACUGUGCUUGUUGACGACUAUGUGAAGGAAGAAGAAGGCACAGGGGUUGUCCACCAAGCUCCUUACUUCGGUGCUGUGAGUAGCAUAAGUCUGGCAAAUGUAUUUGAGUAUGUCGGUAGCCACUUUUCAUAGAUGCGGAGUCAUGUGU